AUGGUGCGGGCGAUCCAGGGCGCGCCCCGCAACCACGGGAAGGUGGACGAGAUGAGACACGAAGGGAAACUCGUGGCUGUGAAGAGGAUGCCGAAUUGGUGGGUCAUGGAGACCCACGAGGAGUUCGAGUACAAGUAUCCCAAAGAGGUGGAGCGCCCCUGGCACGACCUCGGCAUCGCGGCCGCGCUCCGGCAGAGGGGGUUCGCUCACACCUGCGAGCUGAUCGGUAUCUUCAGGGACGACAGCCUGACAUACACGGUCUCAGAAUUGGCGACGCACGGGGACUUAUUCAGCUGGUCGAUACAGGCGCCCGCACCGGGGCGGGCCCGCGAGUUGGCCGUGCGGGCGGUGGCGUCGCAGCUCUGCGCGGCGGUGCGCCAGAUGCACGACUUGGGCGUGGCGCACUGCGACCUGUCCCUGGAGAACGUGCUGCUCAUCGGGGCUCCCGGCGGCCGCGCGGGCGGCUUCCAGCUGAAGGUCAUAGACUUUGCCAUGGCGAAGAUCGGGCGCCUGCAGGCCGCGGCGCCGAAGAACCAGACGGGCAAGAAGUUCUACGCGGCGCCCGAGCUGCACGCGGCCGCGGCGCCGGGGCGGCCGGAGUCCGCCGUCGUCGACGCGUUCUUGGCGGACGCGUUCGCCCUGGGGGUGCUGCUGUACGCGCUGGCGCUGGCGGACUACCCUUGGUCGAGCACGCAGAAGGGGGAGUCGAACAACUUCGAGUACGCGCGCCGCUUCGGCGCCGACAAAUUCCUCGAGCGCCGGUCGCUUCGGGGCGCGCUGCUCACCACCCUGCUGUCGAAGGGGCUGCUGCAGCUGCUGGGCGGCCUGAUGCGCAGCGAGCCCGAGCAGCGGCUGACGGUGGGCGAGGACGCGCCGCGAGGAGGAGGCGCACGUCUCGCGCGCUCCGCGGCCCCAGGGCUUGGAGAGGCCUGCUACCCCGAAGAGCGUGCCUCGGUGUGGGGCCUGACGUACCUGGACGACACCGGGGCCCGUGCCGCUGCAAGGGCCUGCCAGGCAGGCGACCAGCAGGUGCAGAAGACCCUCUCGACCGGGUCCGUGAGCACCACGAUGUCGGAGGGCGCCUGCGCGGCGUCGGACUCGGAGCCCGAAGGGUCCUGA